AUUACAUGUAAGACAAGACAACCACCACGUUCAAUAGCUCACUUUCCAACACAUUACCCUUUUCAUACGCUCACUGGGCCAAGUUGAAAUAUUCGCGAACAGGUUUCGGAAAUUUAUAAAACCCAAUGGUGAAUAUACAACUCUCGAACUAAAGACAAUACUUCAUCCGCAAUCUCCAUACACCUUUUUGUCACUCAACUUCUUUGCGGAAAAGAGCAGAGCCUCAGUUUAAUCUGAGCUCAAUCAAACACAUACACAAAAAUGGCCUCAUCCGGUCCAAACCCUGUACCGCCAACACAUAUUCUUUCGAGUCGUUCGAUACCUCAAUCUGCCGCACUCGAUUUUCUCACCGCAUACCUCGACCGCGCCGCCAAUGACCCAUCUCUCCAACCCAGCGCUAUGAUUACAGAACAUGGCCCGAUUUCACGCACAACGGCAGCAGCGCCUAAUCUGACUCUACACAAUUUAAAGCGAGUUCAAGCAGGUCUAGCCGGUGAGACGCUGGGGCGCGACCUUACGUUAAGCACGGGCGUGCAGCCCAAGGCGGUAGAGAAGAGCGACGAGCCGAGUGACGAGCAGUGGGAGGAUAGGAAAAAAUGGGAGUUGGAGGCCGGCGAAGGAGUGGAGAAGGAUCGGUCUGAUGACUUUAUAGAUAAUGCGACUGAGCAGGUAGAUGUUGAUGAGGAGGGUAUGCCGCUUGAUACGCCGAUUGAUAAAGAGGAGCGCAAGCGCAGGAAAAAGGAAAGAAGGAAGGGAAGAAGACGACGUGAGAGCAAGCGAAUCAGAAUAGCGCUGAGGACGUGUUGAAUA